CGCCGAGCGGCCCGGAGGCCGGUCCUGCCUGAGGAUGCGGGGCCCUGGCUGCAUCCCCCCGACCUUGCCCGCCAGCUCAUCACACCAGGUCCGAGGGCAGGGCCACAGCCAAGGCGCCCGCGGGGCCAGAGGAGCGGGCCGGGAGCUCAGGCGCUGCCACCGGGUGGUGAGGAAGGAGCCCCAGGCAGGCCCCGGGCGGCCGAGGCGGGGGAAGAGACGCCGGGCCCCGGUUCCAGGUGAGCAGCCCCGCCCGCUCUGCCGGAGGCCGCGCUCGCUGCCCGCUCCCACCCUGCGGGAGCUGCGGGUGCAGGGCCCUGGAGCGCACGUGGCCAACCCACUGCCACGCCCGAGGGACGGGUUUCCGUCCCCACCUCGGCCCUAGUGAACCCUGUGGCUGGAGUGCCUCCUGAUCCCACAGUGAUGCCCACCUCGGGGCGCUGCCAGACGCCAGGGUAACGCGUGUGAUACACAGUGUGCUGAGAAGUGCAGGCUGUCACUGAAUGUCCGUGGUGGGGUGACGCCCGAGCAGGGUGCGCUGGCCUGGCUCCAGAAGACCGGCCUCUCCAGCCCCCACGACGCACCCGUUUGCUGCGUGGCCCGUGCAGGCGGUGGCUGCUCCUGGCUGAAUCAUCCCGAGACAAGCGUCCAGCCCGAGCUCUCUACAGCCCUUCCCUGCGCUGCCAGGCAGGCCCCGGGAGCUGUGCCCAGCUGUGUCCGAUUAGCUGGGGCGUGACCUGCAUUUGAACUUGCUGCAAAGAAAGAUGUGGAUCUCCUGUUACUGGAAAACAGGAAUUAGCUUGUCUGCUUGAAGAUGUGGUUGGUUCUUUAUAAAAAGGAUACAGAAGAAAUUCGCACAGACUGCCAGCUUCAUUAUGCUGCCGACAGCUUCCAGCAAAAGGAGAACGUUUGCAGCCAGAUAUUUCACUCGCUCCAAAAGCCUGGUGAUGGGGGAGCAGAGCCGGAGCCCCGGGAGGCCACUGUGCCCGCACAGGCCGGGCCCUGUGCUAAAGGCAGGCUGGCUGAAGAAGCAAAGGAGCAUCAUGAAGAACUGGCAGCAGCGCUGGUUUGUGCUGCGCGGGGAUCAGCUUUUCUACUACAAGGACAAAGACGAGAUCAAGCCCCAGGGAUUUAUUUCUCUACAAGGGACCCAGGUGACCGAACUUCUUCCUGGCCCUGAGGACCCAGGGAAGCACCUCUUUGAGAUCAGCCCAGGUGGUGCCGGGGAGCAGGAGAAGGUGCCGGCCAACCCCGAGGCGCUCCUGCUCAUGGCCAGCUCCCAGCGUGACAUGGAGGACUGGGUGCAGGCCAUCCGCCGGGUCAUCUGUGCCCCUCUGGGCAGAGGUACUGCCCGUAGAUCGCAUGCCCACCCUCUAGAACAUUUGCCUUCAGGGAUCUUUGGGCAGCGCCUGGAGGACACAGUCCACCACGAGCAGAAGUAUGGCCCCCGCCUGGCACCACUGCUGGUGGAGCAGUGUGUGGACUUCAUCCGGGAGCGUGGGCUCACUGAGGAGGGGCUAUUCCGCAUGCCAGGCCAGGCCAACCUGGUGAGGGACCUGCAGGAUUCCUUCGACUGUGGGGAGAAGCCACUGUUUGACAGCACAACAGACGUGCACACGGUGGCCUCCCUGCUGAAGCUCUACCUUCGGGAGCUCCCUGAGCCCGUGGUCCCCUUCGCCAGGUACGAGGACUUCCUCAGCUGCGCCCAGCUGCUCACCAAGGACGAGGGGGAGGGCACUCUGGAGUUGGCUAAACAAGUGAGCAACCUUCCUCAGGCCAAUUACAACCUGCUCAGAUACAUCUGCAAGUUUCUGGAUGAAGUUCAAGCGUACUCAAAUGUCAACAAGAUGAGUGUCCAGAACCUGGCAACUGUCUUUGGACCUAACAUUCUGCGGCCACAGGUUGAGGACCCAGUAACCAUCAUGGAAGGCACUUCCCUCAUCCAGCACCUGAUGACCGUCCUCAUCCGCAAACACAGCCAGUUCUUCACGGCGCCCACCCCGGAAGGGCCUAACUCCACACGCGGAGGCCAGCAGUGCGCAGUGGGGUGGGGCUCCGAAGAGGUCACCAGGGACAGCCAGGGAGAGCCCGGUGGCCCUGGCCUGCCCACACACAGGACCUCUUCCCUGGAUGGGGCGGCCGUGGCGGUACUCUCCAGAACCGCCCGCACGGGGCCGGGGAGCCGGUGCAGCCCUGGGAAGAAGGUGCAGACCCUGCCCAGUUGGAAGUCCUCAUUCCGGCAGCCGGCGUCCCGGUCAGGAAGCCCGAAGCGGGGCGGCUCGUCCCUGGAGGUGCCCAUCAUCUCCUCUGGCGGGAACUGGCUCAUGAACGGGCUGUCCUCCCUGCGCGGCCACCGCCGAGCCUCGUCGGGAGACCGGCUCAAGGACUCAGGCUCUGUGCAGAGACUCUCCACCUACGACAAUGUGCCCCCUGCGGGCUUGGUUCCCGGCACGCCCCGCGUGGCUAGCAUGGCGUGGUCGGGGGCCUCGUCCAGCGAGUCAUCGGCUGGGGGCUCGUUCAGCAGCUGCACGGCCUGCCGCGCCAGCGACUCCUCCCGCAGCUCCUUGCACACCGAAUGGGCCCUGGAGCCCUCCCCGCUCCCCAGCAGCAGCGAGGACCCCAAGUCCCUGGACCUGGGCCACAGCCUGGACGAGGCGGGGACCGGUGCCAGCAACAGUGAGCCGGGCAGCCCCACCCGGGAGCAUGCGCGCCGCUCUGAGGCCCUGCAGGGGCUGGUCGCGGAGCUCAGGGCCGAGCUGUGCCGCCAGCGGACUGAGUACGAGAGGAGUGUGAAAAGAAUGGAAGAAGGGAGUGCAGACCUGAGAAAACGAAUGUCUCGGUUAGAAGAAGAACUGGACCAGGAAAAGAAAAAGUACACCAUGCUGGAAAUAAAGCUGCGGAACUCCGAGCGGGCGCGGGAGGACGCAGAGAGGAGGAACCAGCUGUUGCAGAAGGAGAUGGAGGAGUUUUUUUCUACCUUAGGAAACUUGACUGUUGGGGCAAAAGGUACCAGGGCCCCAAAGUAAAAGGAAUGGCAGAGCUCACUUCUGUGCCACAUCUGCUGAUCUCCAGCCAUGCUCAGAGUCAGAAGCCUCUGUGUCUCCAGAGGGGCCAGGUGCUCCAGAGCCAGCUGGAGAGAGAUCCUGAUACUCCUGUGGGGACUGUCAGGACCCCACACAGACCAGGUGGGAUCUAGAUGCUGCUCCAACUGUGCAGCUCCCGGUGAGGAUCAGAAGGGGAUGGUACUAAGAGCAGUGCUUAUCCAGGAAAUGUCCCCCAUGGCCACAGAAAUGGAGGGCACCCAGGAUCCGGGCAGCUGCCAGCAACAGUUAGCUUUCUUUAUUAAAUGUGCUCACAAAGCA